UAACAGAGUUCAUGGCAACGCUGAAGUAGGAAAAACAGGAAGACAACUAAGUAAUCCACAAUGAGUAAUGCUGGAGGAGCAUCGAUUUCAACGGAACAAUUGAAAGCCCGAUACGUUGGAACGGGUAUGUAUGCAGAUUGAUUGUUUUGAAGUACACGAACCCAUUUCGUGGAGAAUCGAUUGGUUUAUGGAUCAAUCAUUAUCGCAAUUUUUGGGACGUUGCUUUGUGGGGAUUGUUUCGAGUGAAAUAAUUCAAGCGGUCGAGAUUUGUAGCAAUGCAUUCAUAUCCUAUUCCAUCAAAUGAAAUGUGGAAGGAACACAACUCUGCAAAGAAGUUAUGUCGGAAGUAUAAGAUUGUGUUUUCAUUUCCUCUCAAGUCCUUGUAUUUUCUUCGUUUUUAAUCGACCAUACAAAAUGUGCUAACAGGAAAUGCCGAUAUGAGUAAACAGUAAGUCGUCCGUUUUCAAUUUGCUCCAUCCGUUUGCAAAAGAGAUUACGCCAUUCGGUAAACCUCCGGUAACAACGAUGAGUUUUGUAUUUUAACAGCUCACACGAAAAUUGAUACAUACAUCCUUCUGCUUUUUUACACAUUAAAACUCGAACGAUGCAACUUGAUGCCCCAUCGCCCGACCCAAAUUGCGCAUCGUAUUGGUUCGCUCUUGCCCGCUUUUAGCGAAUGGGUGACCAACCAACAUAGGGAUACGUAUGCGAGCCACCUGGCUCACUACGAUCAAUUGUCGUACAUGGCCGUCGCAGAAAACCAAUCGAUUGGACGGAUGAGACUGAGACUACUUGACAAAAUGAUCCAACCCUGUGGACCGUAAGUCUGCGUUUGUGUACUGAACGUGUUACAUGUUCGUGUGUUUCGCAUUUGACGAUUCAGCCUGCAUUAUCGAUAAGAAGCAGGACAAGCCUUCGAUAGAAAGGCCAUUCGUACGUUGCUGCUUUUCUUCUGCUCCCUUGUACCUUCUUAAUGUCUUCACUUCUUUUCGGUCAACCAUUCCAAAACAAAUUGUGGACUUCGAUAACUUUAUGUGGUACACUGGAUGGCAACAAAAUGGAACUAACGACGUUACACGAAAACAGCCCUCCUCCUAAGAAAGAUAUCAAUCGAAUGGUUGAAAAUUAGCUUUCUUUCCUCCGCCAUUGAGCAGAAAUGCUCGUCGAAAUGCUCUGCUCGACCAUCAUGUCUCGGGGGUUCGAAAGAUAAGAGUUUGGGCUUGUUAGUGAGAAAUAUUGCAGUCUUCCAUUGCUAUACCAUUGGAUUGAAUCUGCGUUCAAUAAUUCACUCAACCGAUGGAGUGAGUUUUUUUCAAUAUCGAACAAUCGUAUAGCACCAAAAAAUAAUCUGCUUUAUGAUCGCAAGCACCUUCUAUUCUAUCGAACAUCGUUUCGUUACCAAUAGAUGAAUCUAUAUAGAUUGACAAUCAAUGAUUUGAUUCUGAUUAAUCAUUUGAGAAUUUUCUUUGAGUCUAUUACUCCUGACAGUGCAAAAGUUAAAGAUCUAUUUUGAUCAUAUCGUGACACAUCAAGUAUUAAGAUUGUGAUUGUGUUUGUGACAAUAUCAUUACCACUGGGCAAUUAAAAAGAAGAAUAAGAUGAAACAUAAUGA